CUCUCGGAGAAAGCAUUAGAAAAUUCCAACACCUCCCAUCUUCUCUCUUGCUGACAACUGUAGGACUCUCUCUCUCUCUCUCUCUCUCUCUCUCUCUGGGUUGCUUUAUAUAUCGAGACCAGUCUGCUUACGGGUUUCCCACACAAACAUUUGAUUUCUCCACUCAAUCAAAGGGCGCUCUCUCUCUCUCUCUCUAAAGCUUCUCCCUUGUGCUGGAAUUUGCUUUGUUCAGUGCAUGCACGGAUCUUUCAAUGGGAACAAACCAGGAAAUGGGAGCUCAUCCAUUGGAAAGCAUGUUGAUAUGCCCUAAACCACAGCAAGAUCAGAGGAAGCCAAGGCCUCAGCCAGAAGAGGCUCUCAAGUGCCCGAGGUGCGAGUCCACCAACACCAAGUUCUGUUACUACAACAACUACAGUCUCUUGCAGCCCAGGUACUUUUGCAAGUCCUGUCGAAGGUACUGGACCAAAGGAGGGACCCUGAGGAAUGUACCUGUGGGUGGAGGGUGCAGGAAGAACCGUAGGUCCUCGUCCUCUUCGUCCUCAUCAUCAGCCAGAAGAGCCCACGACCAAGGAGGACCGAUCUCCACGUUGAUCAACAACAACGAUGACAACACCACAAACCCAUUUACUACCUUGCACUCUCUAACUUAUCAUCAGUCCAAUGAUCACAUGUCCCUUCCAUUCAUUGGGCUCCACAAGUUCCCAUUCGGUGACCAGCUCGGGCAUCAUGAACUGAGCCACGAUAUCCUUCCCUAUGCCAACAGAUCGAAGAACGGCCACGCCCACAUGAAUGGAGGUUUUCUCGAUUCACUGAAGCACGGGUUUGGCUUCCUUGAGAACACCCAGAAUAAUGGCAAUGACUGUCAUCACCGUCAGGAUCUGUAUUAUGGGUAUGGAUCAGAUGGGAUGAACAACAACAUGGGAGACCCAGUGGACAGUGGUGGUGCUCCAUCAUCAUGUGAUCAUGAAAUGAUGAGCCCUGCUGGUUCGGCAAAUGAAGCUCUUGGAGCGACGUCGAUGAAGCAAGAGCUGUUGUGUUCCGACAGAGAAGGCGAAAAUAGGGUUUUGUGGGGGUGUCCGUGGCAGGUUAAUGGAGAUCAACACCACGGGAAUGGUGUGAUGGGUGAUGUUAACUCAGGGAGGGGAAGUUGGAAUGGUCUUGGUUCAUCUUGGUAUGGGCUUCUCAAUAGCCCUCUCAUGUAGUGUCGUGUCCUACAGUUUCAAAUGUUUAAACCUUGAAAACAAGGGCAGUAGAUUAGAAUGUUCUGUCCUUGCAGUGCAUGAUCAGGCCCAACUGAAUCAUCUCGGGAAUUCUUCUUCAUUUGUUUUCCCUUCUUAAAUUUUUUGAUCUCUCCUUAAAAUCUAAAAUGUGCUACCGAAAUGUUGAAUUUGUCUGAAAUCGAUCAGGAAGGAGCAUGUACUGUCAUUCUUCAGUGAAGAUUAGCAACAGUAGAGUUUUGAGAAUGAUUUUACA